AUGGGGCUCCGAGAGGCCGGGGGUGUGGGGAAGCUCCCUCUGUUCCUGGGGCUGCUUCUCUACCUGCUGGCCAAGAAGCCCGUCAGCUCCAUUAACGCCAGCGCCCCUUCCGUGGACGUUGCCAUGAAUGAGCCGGUGGUGACGCUCGAGGAGUCGGAUCCAAAUAUGACAGAACCCAAGGAGGUAGAAUUUGGACCAUGCACCGUUACAUGUGGUAUUGGCUUCCGAGAAGUUAUAUUAACCAGUGGGUGCCCUGGAGGUGAAUCAAAGUGCAUUGUUCGUGUUGAGGAAUGCAGAGGACCAACAGACUGUGGCUGGGGGAAACCAAUUUCUGAAAGUCUCGCCAGUGUGAAGAUACCUUGCAUUUUUGUACCUCCUGAAGAUCGAUUUACAUAUACUUGGAAAAUGUUGAUUCCAGACCAGCAAUCACUCAUUCUUCCUAAUGAUUCAGCUAUUCUGGAGGUACACAGAGAUACACAUCCAGUUGCUUUCCAGUGUGAUACAGAAGAAAAUGACGAAUUGAUUGCAUCUGUAAAAUAUACAGUGUAUACAACAGCUGAACUGGAAACAAGAAGGUCAAAGAAGCAAACUGCAGAUAUAGUACUGGUGUUUAUACUCAUAACUGGAGUUAUUGUUUGUGUUGGCAUGAUCUUUGCAGUAGUCUUCAUCAUUCUUAACUGGGAAGCUGUGAAAACCUUCUGGCAAACAAAAAUUUGGAAAAGCAGAGAAGAAAUAAUACGCAGCACACAUGCUUCAACGAGAACCUCAGACUCAGUGCAAAUGCCGACAACAGAUAAUUCUCAGAUUUCGCAACUAGAAACCAAUGUUCAGGAACAGAGUUCCUACCAGGAGUGGAAUGCAGAAGAAGGAGAGAAUUAG